GCUACAACACAUCUGAACUACAUAUCUUAAGCUAUCAAUUUCAUUACUUGCAUACAAGACGCAGAUUCAUUAUGAAGCUUGGCAUUAUUGCUCUCACCCUCAGCCUCCUGGCCACCCAGACCCUCGCCUGUGCCACAGUCGGAGACUCCUGCGAUAGUACUCUGGACACCGAAUGUGUGUGUAACGAGGGCUACAUAGCUGUCUGCGAGGAAGUUGUAGUCGGUGACUACACUGAAUACUAUUGGGCCAAGGGAGAGAACUGCCCGGUGCCUUCUGAUGGGGGGCUGCAGUGUGUUGAUGGUGCCUGUACUUCUUAGUUAAGGGUCAAGGUCAAGGUUACUAUUGAGUAUCCACUAGGAAACUAAGUGAGCAGUAUAAUAUAUAUUGUUAAGGUUGCAUCUCCCUCUACUAUCUAUAUAUUUAUACAGAUCAGGUCUAGGGGACGUAACAAAAAUACC